AUGCCUGCCAGGUCGCGUAGCAAAUUCGCCAGCAAAGCUUACACCUUCACAAUCGAGCUCAGCGGCUCCCACAAACCCCCUAUUAAACGCACCGUCGACGUCCCCGCCUCCUACACCUUCCAAGAGCUGCACUUCGUUAUCCAAUACGCCUUCGGCUGGCAGCAAGCGCACGUCCACAUGUUCGCCUUCUACCGCCAAAAGGCGAAGAAGAACACUCACUACUACUAUCGCUUCGACCCGCGGAACGAGGUGCUGCACGUCCAGGCUGCGGGCGACAACUGGGACCACUUCGACUUCCUUCCUGCAGAGGAUAAACCGAAGGUGAUACACGAGGAUAAGCUGAAGCUUCACGACAUCUACGAUGAGAGGGGGAAGUACCGACACCUCGUUGAGAUGGAAGACGGGCUCUGUCCCUUGUUGUACACCUACGAUCUGGGGGACUGCUGGGAGCACCUCAUCACCUUCGAAGGUGAGAAGGACCUAUCCCUCGACCGCCCUAUAUUCACCGAAGUCAAAGGCUAUCCUCCCGCAGAAGAUUGCGGCGGUAUCUAUGGCUGGGACGAGAUCAGAGAUGCAUUCGCCGCCGAAACCCCCACUGAGGGCGACCUCAAGCUCCGUAAGUGGACAAUCUGGCGCAUGGGACUUGAGGGAAAGAACGACCCUAUCGCCGUCGGCAACGUCCCGUACAGUCCUUUCAACAAGGUCGACAAGAAUGUCAUGAACAAUCCGGAGAGAUGGAAGGAGGCGUACGAGCGCUAUAAGUCUACCCCCAUAAAAGCCUACACCUUCACCAUCGAACUCAUGACCGGCUUCAAGCCCCCCAUCAAGCGCACCGUCGACGUCCCCGCCUCCUUCACCUUCCGCGACCUCCACUGCGUGGUCCAGUACGCCUUCGGCUGGGACUCCUCCCACGUCCACAUGUUCUCCUUCUACAACCAGAAAGCCAAGAAGCGCGGCGGCCGGUACACAUUCAACGACCAGAACGAGGUUUUGCACGUCAAGGCGGCGCGCAACGGCUUCAAUCCCAUGUUCAGCGCCGUCCCGGAGGACUGCAUCGUGCGCGAGGAUCAGGUGAAGCUGUCGGAUGUCUUUGGCGAUGAUGGGAAAUUCAGAGAGGUGGUGGACAUGGAGGGCAAGCCCGCCUGUCCCAUUGUCUACACAUAUGACUUGGGGGAAAACUGGGAGCACCUCAUCACCUACGAAGGAGAGAAGACGAUGACAGAAAACCGUCCUAUCUUUACCCUAGUCCGAGGCACCCCACCCAAGGAGUACGCUGACCCUGACGAGGAUUCGGACGAAGACGAUGAGGAGGAGCCGGCACCGCCCCCAAAGAAGAAGACCAAGCGCGAGAUUCUCGCCGAAUUCAACGACCCAGAGAAGUGGGAGGAGAAACACACCAAAGUCCUCCUUCCUGCUUCAGUGUCUUAUUCAGGCUUGUCAGAAGACAGUGAGCUCGAGGCGCUUCUGGCUAGCCACAUGCGCACAUCAAAUCUUACCUACGUAUUAGGACUGGGAAUGGCACAAGAAGUACUGCGGAAACUCCACUUCGUCCUCCAAUACGCCUUCGGGCCCUGGCAGAACUGCCACCUCCACCAGUUCUCCUUCUACGACGUCGACCGCAAGGACCUCAAAUCCGCCACCUUCUUCAUCGAUCCUAGCAAAGAGUGGCUGCGCGUCUUGGCGGAAGGGGAGGAACUGGACGAGUGGCCUGAUAUGCCGGGUAUGCCGAAGCGACAAGGGCCCCGGGGCACUAUGCAAGAGAAGGAGAUGAAGUUGUCGGAUAUUUUCGAUGAGGAGGGGCGGUAUCGUGGCUUGGUGGAGAAAGACGGCGAGGUGAUUCCUCUGAUCUACCUUUACGACUUCGGGGAUAACUGGGAGCACCUCGUCACCUUCAAAGGAGAGAAGAUGGCCAGCGCCGACCGUCCGCUCUUCUCCAAAGCCGUGGGCUACCCACCCGCCGAAGACGCAGGCGGCGUCUCUGGCUGGGAGGAAGUCAAAGGAGCCUUCGCCGCCGAAAGACCCACCCGGGCGCAGCGCGAGCGCCGCCAAUGGGCCAUCGAGCGCAUGGGUUAUGAGGACCGCAACGACCCGCUUGCAGUCGGUGACGCCGUGCCCUACAGCCCGUUCAACGAGGUCAACGUCGAGGUGAUGAACUACGAAGGGCGAUGGGAGAAUCACUACCGCGGGUAUAGUGGCAAGGAGUACUACGAUUACAAUUAUGGUGAUGAGCUAGGGCCUAGUGACUCGGACACUGAUCUGAGCGAUGUCGACGAUUGACCGCGACCGUUCUAAACACAUCUCCUUCAUGCAAAUCGGCCCUUCUCUAUUAGCGGCAUAAAUAUUACUGUAGCAUAAGAUAACACGGAUGUAUAUGUAGCGUUGAUUCUGGCUGUAAAUUGUACUUCCAAGACGACGGCAAGGCCUUAACUCGUACCAAUGGCGGUGAGGAAUCGCAUGAUCACUGACUUGCCGCGCGCGAGGUUCGACAGGCGUAUGCGCUCAUUCGGUAGAUGUGCAUGAUC